AUGAAUAGCAGAAAAUGGUCGGUCUCCAUCCGAGUGUUCUCGGCUCAUUUUCCGUUCACAAAGGUAAUCAAGAACCAUGCCGCAGCGUUUCACAACAAUGACCUAUCAGUCCUCUUGCGUGCUGCUUCACAAGCUUACGACGAAACUCGAAUGCCACGGACCAGAUGGGUGGCGGCUAAUGCCCGCCUUGUUGGAGAGAUGAUGGAGUGGCAGAAUCCUGAAGUUGGCAAUGACUACGAGAAGCUGGCUUAUGAGGUAGAAUGGCGAGUUGAUACCAACUGCAACUUCAAUAUUGGCGCCAUGCUUGCUGAAGCUGAGCAGCACUAUUUGAUCAAGUCAAGAGCGAUGUUGCCGUCGGCAAGACUGUAG